AUGGGGCUCAACAAGAAGAAGAAGAAGGGGAAGAAGGGGGCUGCAACCUCGAGUGACCUUACAUCCAAAAAUGAAGUAACAGCUGCACAGCUGAAUGAGACAGCAAACCCUCUGACUUUGGCUCAAUAUGCCACUGUCUUUUCCACUGGGGCCCUUUCCCAAGUUAACCUACCUCCUAUAGCAAGCUCUUUUGAAACGGAACCUCCUUCUAAUUCCGCCUGGAAUGGGGUAAAUCCUCCUAUUGCCUCCAACCCCUAUAACACAGAGAGCCCUACGGUCCACGUGGCAGAUGGAGGCGACACCUUUAUUUCCUCCAGCCCCUACGAAACAGAUAUUGUUCAAGUUCAUGUUGGCCCCAUCGGUGGCCAGAGAGCCUUUCAUGUCCACUUGGGAAUUCUGAAUCAGGCUCCAUCACUAAGCAGCAAGAUAAAUCCUACGACUUGUUCUGCCAGAGAACAUAAUAGUAUAUCCCUAGUGAACACAGAUCCCGGGAUUUUCGAGCUCGUCCUAAUGUUCCUGUACAUCGGAAAGUAUCUAGACUGUCCUUAUCCACCACUAUUAUUUCGUUCACUAGAGCGGAAUAACGACAAUCAAUGGCCUGGCGCCGAUAUGGAGUUCGAAAUGCAUUCUCUCCUUUACUGCUUUGCCCAGGAGUAUAAAAUGGACGAGCUCUCUGCCCUUGCACUAAUAAGCAUUGAAAAUAUGACACAAGUGCCUUAUUUGAAUGUACUUGACGUUGCGAAGAAAGCAUACCCGGAUGCCGACAAUGAUGACGCGUAUCGCGAGAGGUUCCGGCAUGAGACGAGAGUUGCGAUGAAGGAGAAUAAGGAUCUCAUCAGGAAGCCUUGGGUUCUUGAUGUGUUCAGGAAUGAACAUGGAAAUUUGACUGUUGACCUGUUCACAACCUUGACGGAGCCGCUGCGAUGCGACAGUGAAGCCAACAAUAGCGAGACUUCACCCCCAGAGGAGCCACUCAGAUCAUCUCAAUCUGAUAAGGGGAAAGAGGGAAAUGUGCAUUUGAAUGGUGGCAAUGCAGAUUACUGUACUCAAGAACCAACAGCAGCUUCGGUGGUGGGAGAGCCUGCCCUUCCCGGCCCCGAGGAAACUAUCGCCGAAGAUAUCCCCGAAGUCCCAUUUGAACAAGUUCCUGAACCACCGGUCUCAGAACCGGAACCAGAAUUAGAAUCCGCCAAGGAGCCUGCUGACAUCGUUUAG